ACGAAUCGCGACAGUUCUUACCGGUUGCGAUUCGGUCGGCCCGGCUGAUCCUGAGAACAAGGGGCCCGAGGGAUCGCCACUGUAGAAGGGCCCUCAUCCCCACUCCGGAAUUGAUUUUGGGACCGACUCUUGCGUCCGUUGAGCCAACUUCCCAUUAGGAUUUAAUGCACAGCAGGUGCGUGAACUCUAUCGCGUCUGAAAUUCAUCCUCCGCGGUACGAUUCCGGAGUGACUUCUCUCUUCCUGAUCCAGUUCCGAAAUAAGUACAGCUGGUUCAGUAUUUCUCAGGAUCAGGAACUCGGGGGCGAAACUGGCCUCCGGAAUAUCAAGGGAACUUCUCGAUCCGAUCUUUCUUCAAAAUGAUCUCGAACAGACCCAGUAAUUAAUGAAAAUGUGAAGAGGAACCUGGGCCCACUGAAGGAUGGCUUUUUUGUGCCCAGUCCGUAUACGCCGUGGGAAAAAAAAGAAACCUGGGACUCAUAACUUCAGUUUAGAGAAAGAUGGAGGCGGUGGAGGAGCCGGGGGGGUUGGACUUGGGACCAGAGUCCCUCUGCCUCCAGGAAGAAUAACGGGGAGUGCAAGUAUCGAGACGCUAGUCAGAGUUGGAAUCGAAAAGGAGAACGGACUUUCGCCGGAUAGCAAGAUGGUCAUCGUUCAUGAUUUCACACCCUGCGUUGACGACGAGCUUCAAGUCAAGCGGGGUCAGGUGGUGAAUAUUUUGUACAGAGAAAACGACUGGGUCUAUGUCAUUGCGGCAGAUACUCGAAUGGAGGGAUUUGUGCCGCACUCUUACUGCGCUCCUUACACGUCACAGCUGGCCGAGUCGACACUUGCAACCUUGAAUAAUGUCAAGAAAAAACUUCCUCGUUCCAACGAAAACGAUAUUGAUCCAGCGAACGUUUCUCGAUCUCAAACUCUGCAGGAUAUGCAGCAAACAGAUACUGGAUCUGCUUCUGACUGCGAAAGCUAUGUUCGGCAUAAUAUUACCACAAAGGAUGCUACUAUAAAUAGAUCCAAUGUUGCUCAAUCCCAAAACUCUCUGCAGAGUACAUCUUCGCAGCCGGAUGUGCACCCGUUCUUCAAGGAUCCAUCGGCAGGAAGAUAUAUAGUACUGUACACAUUUGUGGCACGUGAUGAAAAUGAUGUGAGUGUGGAACGAGGUGAGUUUGUCACCGUUCUCAACCGUGAUGAUCCAGACUGGUUUUGGGUACUUCGACAUUGUGAUGGCAACGAAGGCUUUGUACCGUCUGGUUUUGUCUACCCUGGACAUAUUCUCCAUUCCAACACCUCGACAGAUCCUCACAGUUUAGGAACAGGUAACGCAAAUGUAACGGGUAGCGAACCGUUACAGCAAAAAGACCUUAGAGAUUUUCGCGACGAAACGAGUGGUACAGAACUAGUGGUUCUAUAUGAUUAUAAAGCACAAGCACCGGAUGACCUCUCGGUGAGAAGAGCUGACUGGAUUUAUGCAGACCUAGCUAAUCAGACUGUGGAUGGAUGGCUAUGGGCGUAUGCGCCAAAAACUCGCAAGUAUGGUUUUAUUCCGAAGGCAUACGCUCGUCCCCCUGCAAUGACUAGCCUAUAAUUCAACGUUAAUUAAUGAUAACAAAUAUUAAUUAUAAUUAUAUCAAACGAUUAAUUAUAUUUAGUGGGGAAAAAGUUUUCUCAAAUCUAUAAACCUCACUAAAUUAAUUAUACGUUACUGUUGUAUUCUUACCCUAUUUUUUUAUACACACAUAUAUACAGUGUGUAUAUAUAUAAAUAUAUGUAUA